AUGAACAAUGAAGACAACAGCAAGUGUCGAGAUGGCCGCAGUCCUGCCGUGACGACAGCCGAUACGAACGGAGAGAGAAGCGACCCCCUCGUCCAGGAUGCAGCACCGCCUCUAGAGACGGACACGGCCGGCCGACCGGCAUCCGACGAUGAGGAAACACGCUGUGUCAUCUGUCUGGACGCCGUGUCCGAGCCCUGCACGGCGCAGCCCUGCGGCCACCGCCACUUUGACUUUCUCUGUCUCCUCAGCUGGCUGCUGCAUCGCCGGCCGACAUGUCCGUUGUGCAAAGCCACCGUGGCCACGGUGCAGUAUGGCUUCGCCGACGGCCAGUGCAAGAUGUUUAUCGUGCCGCGGGAGAGCGGGGUCGACGAGACGGGCGAAAACGCCAACCCGACCGCGUUCUCGUCCUCGUCCGUCGUCUCUACAGCCGCGGUCAGACGACCUCGACCCAGACGCGAUCCGCCGUCUUCGCUCUCUCCGUCGUCCUCCUCGCCAACGGCCCUCGACCGCCGCCGCCGUGUCUACCGUCUGGGCCUCUACUCGCUCCAUGUCGGCGCCAACCGUUACUCGCGCUACUACCGUGAGCUGACGCCCCGCAUGUUUGUCCAGGACCCCGACCUAGUCUCGCGUGCGCGCGCGUUUGUCCGCCGCGAGUUGACCGUCCUCCUGCUCGGAGGUGACGACAAUGACGGUCAUUCGCUGCCCGCAGCUGCCUCGGCCACCUCCCGCCGCCUCUCCACGCACGCCUUCCUCCUCGAAUACGUCGUCGCCAUCCUCAAGACCAUGGACACGCAGGGCAGUGCCGGCCAGGCCGAAGAGCUGCUGCGCGACUUUCUCGGCCGCGACUGCGCCCGCCUGUUCUUGCACGAGCUGCGCAGCUGGCUGCGCAGCCCCUACCUGACGCUGGACAGCUGGGACCGACACGUGCAGUACGGCGCCCCUACAACGCCGUCGCGCCACCGCAGCAAACGACGCCUGGCCAGCCGCAGCGAGACUGCGCUGCGCGAGGCCUGUCAGCAGUACGACCCCAGCUGA